AACUUUGUAUGAUACUUUAAUUUUAAUUCAAUUGAACAUUUUCUCAAUAUGGACCCUUUUUAGUACAAAACAUUUUUACUUUUCUUCGCUUUAUUCUUGUUAUUGCUGAGCACCAAACUGGUCUUUCCAGACCCUUGGCAGGAACUCAAAGGAUACGAGCCACCCCGCAUAUAGCUCCUACUCAAAUUCACGCUCCCCGUUUUAAGUUUCUUAAAAAGCCUGAUGCAUUUAGGUUGCUGCACUUUCUCUUUCGACUCAUUUUGUUUCUUCUUUAGGAUUAUCAACGAGUCCGUGUGCUUUAUGGACACGCUACUGUACGUGCUUCGGAGAUUCAUCGUUUCUUCUUCAAUCACGUUCCAGAAGUCUUCGUUAUCCGACUUGACGGGAUCUUUUUUUUCGCUUGUCUCAUCCCGGGUUUUCUUCUUUUGGGCCGCGUCUUCCUUGACGGUUUCAGGGGAGGCCAAAUUUUCUAUUGACUUGCUUUUUUCUUCCAAUUUUGUCAACGCGAUGGAGCUGAGUUCAGUUUGGACGUCUAUGGAUUGUUUUUGCUUGCUGACGCGCUUCUUCACGAAGUAGUCGGUGGAUGUGGUGGAGUUUUGGAAGUUGUUGGAUGUGAAGUGCUCCACAAUGGACUCGGACGUAUCACCAUGGCAUUUUUUACUACUGUGGGUGUGUUUUUUAUCAUUAUAUUCUUCAAAUACGUCUUGGUUUUCCUUGCUAGGUUUCCAGUUUGACCAAUACGUUUCUUCUAGCUUGUUGAUGACAGUUUUUCUUCUACAUUUCUUCUGAGUAUUCUUUUUUUGAUUGUUGAUUAUGUCAGUAUAGCACAAGUUUUUGGUGAUGUAAUUUAUUUUUCUUGCGGGAUGAACGUAUAUGGGCGUUCUAUAUGCUAACUCCUUAGAGAAUUCUGCAAAGGACGGCAUUUCAAACUCUGUAUAAUCCAUUAGAAUUUAUGUAAUCCCAAAAUUAACCCACCCAGAAAUCACAAAAAAAACUAAUAAAUGACAAGUUUUGACAUAUGUCUAAGAUGUAAGCAAAAUUCUUUGUAUCAUAUUAAAAAUGUUUUCCUCAAAAUUGUCUGUAGUCAACAAGAUUUUGCCGUUUGUGUUAAGGAAAUGUUGUACAUUUACCCAUAAACAAGUCUUUACAACUCACCCUGUAGUAACAGUUUUGAAUGCCUGUAGUAACAUAGGUAGAAAUAUUUCUUUACUUUUGAAGCAGAGUCCUCAUAUACAUGAACUAAAAUUGUAUGAUGUCAACAAAGAGGUGUUUAAUAUAGCUGAGGAUUUGAGUCACAUUGAUACAAGAACUCAGGUCAAAUCCUUCAAGGGGAAUCACGUUAUUAGACAAGCUAUAGAGGAUGCAGAUAUUAUAAUACACGCAGGGGGUUGUCAACGGAAACCCGGCGAAACUUCUGCGAAGCUGUUCGAGCAAAAUGUCGACAGUGUACGAGCUGCAGCUCUAUACGCAGCUGAGUUUAACCCCAAGGGUAUUUUCUGUAUACAAACGCCUCCAGUGGAGAGCUUAGUUCCGAUGGUUUCCGAAGAAUACAAAAAAGCUGGAGUAUACGACGCAAGGAAAAUCAUCGGUAUAACGUCGAUAUCUUCGAUGAGAGCUAACCAUUUUAUUGCGAAAUACAUAGGGGGGAGCGUUAGCGAUAUUUUGACGCCCAUAGUUGGAGGUCAUGGCCCACUCUCAACUGUGGCGGUUUUUUCCCAAGUUAGACCGCAAGCCAAUAUACCACAAUCAACCACUCAGCUGAUACAGCGUAACAUUUGCGAAGCUGAAGACGACAUUUUGAAGCUAUUCAAAGACCCGUCUUCGUGUAUCUCUCUAUCGACAGCUGUGGGAGUAGCCAGAUUUGUAAACAAUUUGACUAAAGCAAUUUUGGGGGAAACGAAUUGUGUCGAUUGUGCUUUCGUGCGACAGAUGGGGCAUAUAGCGAAUUUUCUGCCUUACAUGACGUCUAUUAUCCGAUUGGGACGUCAUGGAGUUUUAUCGACACAUAUGCCAAAGAUAAAUGACCAAGAAGCUUACAGACUAAAAAAAGCUUCAAUUUUUAUAAGAACCAAUAUCCAUUUAGGAGAGAACUUUAUUUCUGGAUCCUCACUGAAAAAUGAAGAAGUUGCCAAACCUACAGAAAACAUCGAAAGCGUUAAACAAUAAAAAAGUAUUUCUGUUAAAUUAAAUGUUUUAGGGGUUAAUAAAAAUC